CUGGAAGAAAUGCACAAUGUCAAGCAGCAAUUGGAAAGUGAUAAGGAAGUUAUGCUGAGCAAUUUUCAGAUGGUUAAGGAGGUCAAUAAAACACUGCGUCAAGAACUGGACGAGCUUCAUGGCACUCGAAAUGGUAGGGAAAGUUUGCUGGUCUACAGGAUUUUUAUACUAAAUAUAUUAAAGUGGAUAAUUCUUAACUGUACGUAAUCUUACCUCAUUGGUAAGUACAUGGUCACUCUUAUCAGUAUUAUUGUAACCGCAUAGGUACAUGGUUACUGAUACCAGUAUUCUGGUUACUGAUAUCAGUGGCUUUAACCUCACUGGUAUAACCUCAUUGGUACAUGGUUACUGAAAGAGAAUUAAAUUCUUGUGUCUUGUUAAUUGUGUAUUCAUUUUUAAAACAUCUGAUACCUUGUCCCUUAAAGAUGUCAUCAAGAAUUCUUUGUUUCACAUUGUCCUCUGCCAAUUCAUUUCUAAUAUCAGCAGACCUGCCAACCCUUCCGAUUUUGUCGGAAUUAUAAAGAUUUUGUACCCUUCAUUCCGACAAUCCCCUUAAAAUUCAGAUUUUUCUAACUUCAUAAUUUUUUACCCGUCAUAAAAAUCCAAAAGCAACACUAGAAAAGCAUAAUCGGGUACGACAGGAAGUGCUGCAUUUGUUUUUGCGAAGUGCAUACAUGUCCGGCGACCCGACAAAUAAGUGAAUAAAUUCUCGAGAUAUUCAUCUAUAAAUAAUAUAUUCAACCAAGUCACAUAACCACCGUAACAAAGUUGCGCUGGAUAUUUGUCCGCCAGCCUUGUUCUGUGACCGCUACUUGUUGAUCAGAGUUUACCGUACUCUAUUUCAACAAAUUCAAGAUAGUCUGGACAUUUACAUGAAAAAGAAAUAUGUUCAAUUAUGUAAAAGAAAUACUAGAACCAUUGCUGGUAUAUAUAAUGAACAGUUGGUUGAAAAGUGACAAUGCUUUUUAUAAAGCGUGGCAUGCCCGCCGAAUGAAUAUCUCCCGCACUAUUUGUCCGGUCGCCGGACUGGAAGACACUGCCUUGUUUUUAUCGAAGCGAACCGCGAUCUUCAAAUCAUUCUUCAAUCACUAAUUGAUCCGAUCGUGAUUUAUCCUUUAACAAGGCUAAAAAAUAAUGCAGACUUUUUUUUUGUUUUUUUGUUAAACCUUUUAUUAAUUAAAUGGUUAAAUCUAUUGAAAUUGAUGGGUACAAUGAUAUUAAUAAACAAGGAAAGAAAUAUUUCUUGAGCCGAUCAUUUUGAUGCAAGAGUCAAAGAAAUGUUUCCAGACUCACAGAAUGCUAGAAGAUUGUAAAGAAAAAUUACUAUGAAAAAAGGGCAAGCAUAUCUAACUUGCUUGUAACUAAAAUCAAUUGCAAUGCUAACCUUCAGUUGUUCAAAGAGCUGUUGGACAAGUGCAAAAGGUCCACUAGGGAUAUGCUGGAAAACUGAACUCUUGCUGCCUGUGUACAUAUGUAAAUAAAAUGGAUCUUCUGUUCUGUACUGUAUAUAUCUGUAUAUAAACAUUUCUAGUACCGGUAAUGUUUUUUUCAUGUUCUGUGGUGUUCUGUGGACUCUUCAAAGACGAUGGAGAUAACUUUAUAUUUCUUUAUUUACUAAAAAGGCUGUGCAUUAGUAUAUAGAUCUUAACAAACCCCCCAUCCCAACGGGGCGCAAUCUCUGGGGGGCAGCGGCCCCACUGCCCCCUUGCGUGCUUUGCCCCUACAGAUUUUUUUUCUUGGCAGGUUGGCAGGUCUGUGUAAGUUUUGUUCUUAUGAUUGUGAGAUCAGAUGUUUACUACUAUACCAGCAAACAAAUUUUAAACCAUGAAAUUCUUUAAAUAAUCCCAGAUACUGAGGCUGGUGAGAACAUGAGUGUUUUUGUGGAUAUACAGCUGCGUGAACUAAUGGGUGAGUUGAAGGAAGUCAAGGAAGAAAGAGAUGCCCUCUUCAACAGGUUGAUGCAGGUAAUGCUUGUAUACUCAAAUACCAGGUUAACCCUUUAAAGUCUAUGCAUUGUCUAAAAUUAAUUUAUUUCUCACUAUCAGGCAUCACACUGACAUUUUACUUAUUCAAAUGCUAAGAAGAAAAUAAAAGCAUUCCUGAAUAAAUUGCUAUGCAUACACUGUUUCAAAAGAUACCUAUUUCUGAAUCUGAAAUCACAUACCUGGUUUCACUCAACUUUGAUAUAGUGGAGUCAUGGCUGAACUGAUUAAUUUAUUUUUAAAAUAAAAAAAACAUGUUUUUUCAGACAUUGAAUGAACUCAGAAAUCAAUAUUUUAAUCAAAGGCCCAAAAACAAGAAAAUUGAUACAGAAGAUACUUGUCCAUUACUUUUUAUUUAAAUCUGUUUUUAAUAAGUCUUAUGUCUAUAUUUUUUGUUAAUCCUCUGGAUGUGCAGAUGGACUCCCUGAAAGCUGACUUUGACAAGUCAAAAAUUGAUUUUGAGCAGCAAUUAAAAGUGAGUAAAAUGCUGUACCUCAACACAUUUUUUUAUGAUUCUUACAAUGUUGAUUGGGGUAAAAUGCAUAUUAUAAAAUAAUAAAAUAAUGAAAUUAUCUUGACACUUGCAACUUAGUUGAGAAAUGACACUCAAACAUUGCCUUUUAAUUAUUUAAAAUACUUUUUUUUUUUUUUUUUUGGAAAGGAAAAAUCAAGUAAUCACGAGAAAGAAUUAGAGGUCCUGCAGAUUAAGCAUGAGCAAACUUGACACUUGCAACUUAGUUGAGAAAUGACACUCAAACAUUGCCUUUUAAUUAUUUAAAAUACUUUUUUUUUUUUUUUUUUUGGAAAGGAAAAAUCAAGUAAUCACGAGAAAGAAUUAGAGGUCCUGCAGAUUAAGCAUGAGCAAAUAAUAACUACUUUUGAGGAUCAAAGCGCUAAACUUACAAGUCAGCUUGAGGCUUAUCAAUCGAGAGAAAAAGAAAACAACUCAGAGGUGAAGACCUGGAAGGUAAAAAUAAAAGAGUCAAAGCAUUUUUAAGUCGGUUAUUAUGUGUUUAUGCAGUUAAAAUUGAAAGGGUUUUUUAAUAAUUACUCAAGAAAAUGUCUUAUUAUUGAAUAUUAUUAUCUUAAUUAAAUUUUUUUUUAAAAUUAUCCAAAAUAUGUAUAUAUAAAUUAAACAAUAUAUAUAUAAAAAUAAAUUACCCAAUAUUCUUACUUAUAUAAUAAAAAUAAUAAUAAUUAGUGGUCUUUUAUAGCGCGGUACCCCAGCCUAGAGCUGGGCUCACCGAACAAACAUAAAAAUAUCAAAAGAGACAUAAUCUAUAAAUUUAUAAAAAAAAUUUGAGCGAAGAAAAUUAUUAUUUUAAAGUCAACUAAAUGGUAUAUUUUCUGUCUCAGUUUAUGUAUAUAUAGACUGAGCUGACAAGUUUUAUAACUCUGUUGUGUUUCUAAUUUAACAAAUUCUAUAAAUUUAAUCACAUAUUAAAGGAAAAAUCAAACAGUCUGAUGAAAGAAAUUGAGAAUAUUCAGAUUCACCAAGAGCGCACUGUUGCUGAUUUUAAGGAGCAAAUUUCAGAU